CAAGGCAACACGAGACAGAAAGCACCUGAUAGUCACACCGACCCGCAGCCAUCAUGCCCCGCUGCAAAGUCAGCCUAAGCACCAUGAUUUUCCUGGUGAUCCUGCAGGGGGCAGCAGUGGUGCUGUUCUGUGGCUGGUACGUCCAGCUCAGUCAGUGCGACGCCACCAACCCCAACACCAAAGUUCACGUUCUGCUGCUGUCGUCCUGGCGAUCAGGCUCCUCCUUCCUCGGUCAGGUGUUCAGUCAGCACCCGUCUGUCUUCUACCUCAUGGAGCCGUCUUGGCAUGUGUGGUCCAAACUGCAGAAAUCGGGGGCGCGGUCGCUCCGGAUGGCGGUGAGGGAUCUGUUCCGGAGUGUGUUUCAGUGCGACUUCUCAGUGAUGGAGGCGUACCUUCCGGAGCAGUGCAAUAUCUCCUCCUUGUUCAUGUGGAGUCACAGUCGAGCGCUGUGCUCGCCACCGGCCUGUCCUCUCACGCCGCGCAAUGAGUUCAGCAACCAGACCCAGUGUUCGCAGACCUGUGGAGCCAGGGGCCUGCAGGGGGCGGAGGACGCCUGUGGCACUUACAGCCACGUGGUGUUAAAAGAAGUGCGUUUUUUUGAGCUGGAAUCCCUCUACCCACUUCUGCAGGACCCAAACUUAGAUCUCCGCAUCAUCCACCUGGUCCGGGACCCACGGGCUGUGGUGCGGUCCAGAGAGGCCUCGUCCAAGGCCUUCAUGAGCGAUAACGCCAUCGUUUUGGAGCAAAGAAACAUACCAGCAGCUGAGGUGCAGUAUCAAGUCAUACAGGAGAUCUGCCGCAGCCAUGUGCGCAUCAACGAGAGGGCCACCCUGAAGCCCCCUCCAUUUCUGAAAGGCCGCUACAAAAUGGUGCGAUACGAGGACGUGGCACGCAACCCACUGGAGGAAAUAAGUGCCUUGUACGACUUCAUAGGUCUGGACAUGACCAGGCAGCUCGAGGACUGGAUCUACAGAGUGACCCACGGAAAAGGAAAAGGCUCCAAGAAAGAUGCCUUCAAAAUCACGUCACGAAACGCAGCCGACAUCUCCCAGGCUUGGCGAACGCUGCUGCCUCACAGCAAGGUCAAACGUGUGCAGGAAGUGUGUAAAGGUGCCAUGACGUUGCUCGGGUAUCGAACAGUUGACAGUGAGAAAGAACAAAAGCGACUCGACAUAAAUCUGCUGGUGCCACAGGAACCGUACCAGUUCAGCUGGUUACCAGCGAAAACAGAGCGUCCGAGCGACAGCUGAAAAAUGAGAGGACACAGGACUGAGGUCGACAGACUGCAUCAUGUGACGAUAGAUUUUAUAAAAAAAGAAAAACAGAGACGCUGAUUCAAGGGGUAGAAAAUACUUGAUCCUGCAAAAGUGGGUCUAGAACUGAAAACCUCAGAAGACGGCUGACGUUGGGUUUUUCUCUGAGCUGUUUAUAAAACUCAGCAUCGUCUGAAGUGAAGAUCAGGUUUGUAGCCGUUUAACUUCUUAGGUCACUGAUAUGUUUUAAAACUAAAACCAUCUCCGCCCCAAAAAGUGUUUCAGCUCCAUAUCUGGAAUAAUCUCCAUCCUCCCGACAACACACGUCACAUGACCGUUCACACGCACCGCUCACUCGGACGUUGGUGUUCUCACAUACAACCUGCAUGACAGAGGAAACAUUCUCCAUAUUCUCAGUCACUCUAACCUCGAACUCACUUUAAUCAACCCGAUGACUUAAAGGAAAAAUCUUUGAGUUUAAAGCUGCGCAGAGAAAAACAAACUCUUAUUUUCACAAGUGAGUCUCCAGCUGAAACUCGAGAAUGAAGAAGUUUCCACAAACGAAUGAGACGGAUCAGAUCGAAGUGUCACUCGUGGCGUCAGGACGUUUCUCUGGUUUAACAUGAAAACACGAUCAGAGUCUGUGUUCAGUUUAACGUCAUCAACGUUUCCUUCAGCUGAUCAACUGGGACUUUGCUUCCUGGAUGUCUUUAUCUCUUUAUUCUCUUUUGUUCUUAUUUUAAUGAUUGAUGGGUUAAUAACUAAUCGCACUGAUGACAGUAAAUAUCUGGUGUCCUGAGUAGAGUUCGAGUCGAGUGAAAUGUUCAAUCAUUUACAUCUUCGACUCAAAGAUGAACUCCUGUUAUUAGUUGGUGUUUAGAUUCUCUGGGAGCUUUCUCUUCUUUUAAAUAUCACAUGUCAGAAAUGUUUUAAUGUUCAAACCAUAACUCUGCUCCUCUGGUGAUCACUCGUCUGUAUCUACUGAAGCUGUCGAUGAAAUCUUUGUGUUUGUGAACAACACUUAUACACUCCAUUUUGAAUGUGAUCGUUAUGAAUUGGUUUCGKUUGUUUCCUGACAUCAGCCUCAGCGCCGUGGUUCGGCCUCGCCCUCGUCAGCGUCGUCACCUGCUCCACUCGACCGGCCGACAUCAGAGUCAGUUACCGGCUGGUUUGUUUCUCAGGAGUAAAAGGAGAAGAAAUCUGAGCUGAGACGAGAGUGAAAGUUAAACUUAAAUUAACAAGUGGACAGAAACAAGACUCCAAACUAAAGUGCAGGCGUCUGCUCGGCCACACGAGACAAUGAGACAAGACGUGUUUGCUGCAUCAUACUGGAGCCGUCAAGUGGCCUCGAAGGAUUUAAAGGAAAUCAUUCUAAUUGGUGUUUUUACUGUUUUACAUCCACACGACUCAAACCAUCUCCGUCUCUCUUCUCAUCAGAUUUGAUCAGCGUCCACACACUUGAAGACACUGAUCACGUGACCACUCAUGUACUCUGGUCAUGCGUGUGCCACGUUAGAGCUGUAAAAAAGCAGCCAAACACGGGGAUUGUCACAGAUUUCUCGAUCAACAUCUGGCCUCCUCCGCGUGUAAACAGCUGUAUCAUAGUAAAAUACAGAACUUAACUGUUGGCAGAGACGACAGGCUCAGUAACACUUGUCUGUGAUUCUGGUGAUUUCAGCCAGUUCACGCGUGUCCCUUAACAAUGUGAAAGAUGCUGAACACGUCAGUGUCAUGUUAAACUCUUCAUACAUACAUGUCAUGGCUUUGGGUUGAGUUUUAUUUUGUGAGAAAAAAAAACCGAUGUGCGUGCACAGACCUGUCACUUUAUUCUCGUGUUCAUCUGAAGGACGCUGGUGAAACUUUAUGGUACCAAACACUACAAUAAACUUUCACAGGUAAAGUUAUUUUGUUCUGGUGCUGUGUGAGAAGCUCAUCAUUUACAUGUGGGCCCUGUUGGCUGACUUCUGGAGUUACGUGGAACAGACGGCACAGAAUCAAUCCUCACUGAGGAGAAGAUUCGUGUGUUUCACCAUUGUCCUACAAUAAUAAUAAUGAUGGUGGACAUGAUAAUAAUCAUAAUAAUAAAGAAACCAGAGUCUGACCCAGAACUCUUGAAGACAGUUUUGGUUCUAGUUUCUGGACAUUCAUCUUGGUUUCUCUCGUGUUUAGAUUUGUUCUUGGUUGUUCUGUUCCCUGUUUUAUUUUGAAAUGAAGUUCCUCGUGUGUGUCCUGUUUCCGCUGAGUUCAACCGUCUCUUGUGUGGACAAGUCUCUGUCCUUCUCUUUGUCUUUGUCAGGUCGUUAUGUUCUUUCUUGUCUCUGGUUGUUUUCGCUCACGUUUUGUGCCUUCUAGUGUUUUUGUGCUUAGUUUUUUGGCCCCUCCUGUUUUGUACCUUUUGUUAUGUUGUAUUUUUGCUGUUAUUAAAGAAACACUUUUUAUUUGU